GUCGCAGGGACUCUCGACCGUCGUCAUGGAGGACGGCUGUCCCCGCAUCCGCCGGCGAGUGUCUGUCUGCAAAAGGAACCGCGGCAGCCCAGAGAGCCUCGGUGUUUCCCGGACCCUGGCCGAACUCCAGCCCGCCGAGGACACGGAGGACGAAACUGCGGCGGGGAGCCGCCGGCGGAAAACCGGGAGCCCAGAGCCCGCCCAGGAAAAUGACAGCGAAGAAGACAUGUUUGGUGACUAUAACAGCUUUACAGAAGAUUCCUUCUUAGCUCAAGUUGAUGACCUAGAACAGAAAUAUAUGCAACUGCCUGAACAUGAAACAGAUUCUGGCACCAGAGACCUUUGUUCAGAAGGCAUCAAAACCAACCUUGGGAUUAAUACUGUAAGCGACUUUACUGACUCUGAAACUAAUGAGCGCAUAAAGAGGCAGAGUGUUCUAGAUGACCCCGGUGAGCCAGAACCUGGACGUGAUCUUUCGUUUGAUGUGCCUUCUUCUCAAAUUUUAUACUUUGAAAAUAUGCAGAACUCUUCAAAAGCUUUGGGCGAUCAGUCUACUAAGGAAAGAGAUGGGAACUCACAUAAGUCAUCGAAUGACAACUUGACCUACAGCCACAUAGAGCAACCCCAGCAAAAUAAUCACUUCUCUAAUGUCGGGGUUUCUUCAGAGAUGAGCAGGAGAAAAAGUAUUAGAGACCAUCUGAAAUCUGCCAUGGCUGGGAAUGCCAGGGCCCAGACCCCAGUGUUUCCCAGGAGUAAACAACUCAGAGAGACUCUCCUGUCUGAGGAGAUCAGCGUUGCUAAGAAAGCCAUUGAGUCACCGUCAGAUGAUCUUGGCCCUUUUUAUUCGCUACCCAGCAAAGUGAGAGACCUCUAUGUUCAGUUGAAAGGAAUCAAAAAACUAUAUGACUGGCAACAUACUUGUUUAACAUUAAGAUCUGUGCAAGAAAGAAAAAAUUUAAUAUAUUCCUUGCCAACGAGUGGUGGAAAGACCCUUGUGGCUGAGAUCUUAAUGCUACAAGAACUACUCUGCCGACAGAAAGAUGUUUUAAUGAUCCUUCCAUAUGUGGCAAUUGUCCAAGAAAAGAUUUCCAGUUUGUCAAGUUUUGGUAUAGAACUUGGUUUCUUUGUUGAAGAAUAUGCUGGAAGCAAAGGAAGAUUUCCUCCAAUUAAAAGGAGGGAAAAGAAAUCACUGUAUAUUGCCACUAUCGAGAAAGGGCACAGCCUGGUGAACGCCUUGAUUGAAUCCGGAAGGAUCAGCACUCUAGGUCUGGUUGUCGUCGAUGAGCUGCACAUGAUUGGGGAAGGGAGCCGUGGUGCCAUACUGGAGAUGACCCUGGCGAAAGUCCUCUACACCAGCAAAACAACUCAGAUUAUCGGCAUGAGUGCAACAUUAAACAACGUAGAAGACCUACAGGCGUUCCUUAAAGCUGAGUAUUACACCAGUCAGUUCAGACCAGUUGAAUUAAAAGAAUUCCUGAAAGUAAAUGACACAAUCUAUGCAGUAGAUGGCCAGGCUGCAGGCGGCAUGACCUUUUCACGGCUCCUGAAUUAUAAGUACUCUGAUGCCCUGAAGAAAAUGGAUCCCGACCACUUGGUAGCAUUGGUGACAGAAGUUAUUCCUAACUACUCCUGCCUGGUUUUUUGUCCCAGUAAGAAGAACUGUGAAAAUGUAGCAGAAAUGUUGUGCAAAUUUUUAAGCAAGGAUUAUUUAAACCACAGAGAGAAAGAAAAGUGCGAAGUGAUUAAAAACUUGAGGAAUGUCGGCCAUGGUAAAGUGUGUCCUGUCCUGAAACGCACUAUCCCUUUCGGUGUUGCCUAUCACCACAGUGGUUUAACUUGUGAUGAGCGGAAGCUUCUGGAAGAGGCCUACGCCACAGGUGUGCUAUGUCUCUUCACCUGCACGUCCACCCUGGCAGCCGGGGUCAAUCUGCCCGCACGGAGAGUCAUCUUAAGAGCUCCCUACGUGGCUAAUUCGUUCUUAAAGAGGAAUCAGUACAAGCAGAUGAUUGGCAGGGCUGGCCGUGCGGGGAUAGACACUGCUGGGGAGAGCAUCCUUCUGCUGCAAGAGAAAGACAAGCAGCAGGUCCUGGAACUAAUAAACGGACCACUGGAGAGCUGCUACAGCCAUCUUGUUGAGGAGCUCACCAAGGGUAUCCAGAGUUUGUUUCUCUCCUUAAUUGGUCUGAAGAUUGCGACAAGUCUUGGUGACAUAUAUCAGUUUAUGAAUGGUACAUUUUUUGGUGUUCAGCAAAAGAUUUUAUUGAAAGAAAAAAGUCUCUGGGAAGUAACUGUUGACGCACUUGAGCACCUGACAGAGAAAGGACUUCUUCAGAAAGACAGCCAUGGCGACAGUGAGGGGUUACAGUGUCACUUCCGUGUUACGAAACUGGGCCAAGCUUCUUAUAAGGGAGCCAUUGAUUUGGCCUAUUGUGACACUCUGUACAGAGACUUGAAGAAAGGUCUGGAAGGACUUGUACUGGAGAGUCUUCUUCAUCUGGUCUACCUAAUCACGCCCUAUGACCUUGCUGCUCAGUCUGAGCCUGACUGGAUGGUGUACUUCAGGCAGUCAGCUCAGCCCGGCAGAGCAAAACGUAGCUGCUCUUCUCGGUGUUUCCGAAGGCUUUAUUGGGAAGAAAGCGUCAGGACAAGCUGUCAGAAAGAAGGUGGACAAGAACGUUGUCAACAGACUCUAUCUGUCUUUUGUCCUUUAUUCCUUGCUGAAAGAGACCAACAUUUGGAGUGUGUCUGAGAAAUUUAACAUGCCCCGAGGAUAUAUACAGAGUCUGCUUACGGGAGCUGCCUCGUUCUCAUCUUGCGUGUUACAUUUCUGUGAGGUAAUCAGUUAACCGUGGGACUCUACUUGUCUUCUCAUGUUAGCUGCUGGUAAACUCCAAAGCAGUUGCCUGUCUCUCCUCCCUGCUGAGUCACUGUUCUGUCAGAGCACGCAGAUUUAUUUAAAGCCUUUCUUCGUUACUGCCUUUUUACACAAGGACUAUGUGAGCUUAUGGAAAUGAUGCAGACAUUCCUGAGUCACCUAAAAGGCUUCAGCAGUGAAAAGCACAGAGCUCACCUGUUCUCGGGACCAGGGGUGACGGUUCCACUGUCUUCUGUGUGGUGACUCAGGAGUGAUGAGGGGCUUGGUCAGUUACCGGAGUCCAUCAGUGGUCAUGUGACUGCUCAGUCCACAUCUUCUGGAUACCUACAGCAACAUGCACAUUUACUUCUAGUGUCGAGCAGGCAGCCCUAUGUCAAACAUAGGGUUCUACACGAUAGGCGUAUGUGUAUAUACAUGAUGGUAAAAUUAUAUACAGAUGGCAGCCUCUGCCUCCUGAGUGCUGGAAUUAAAGGUAUGUACCUCCACUCCCAGCUCACCAGUUUUGAAUGUCAGUUUUUUUCCUAUCUUAAGCCUCUGUAGUCUAUGGACGUGAAUAAUUAAUUGUACUAUGUGUGCUAAUGAAGGGUGAUGGUGUACUUUUACUCUUACUCUCUUCUCUGGUCAGCAGCUGUGUUAGUGGGGAUGAUUUUUAACCAAGGUUAAUAGUGAAAACCUAAUGAAGGUCCUCUCACGUGGCGGGAGGGCCCACACA